AUGCUUCAGGUCAGGCAAUACCAGGCCAAAGGAUUGUGCGCACCGUCAGGAUGGCGUUUGCUGGAUAUAAUGCAAAAACUGACGGAGCGCAUAGACGACCUGAAGCAAAGAAUAGCUGCUUGGAGUGAUCAGAAGAGGCUCUAUAAAUCAUUGGAGCGACCAAUAGUAAGUGGAACGGGCCCUGCACCAAAUCAGGCCGACAUGGUCGUAUUCUGGCGCAGCCUGUGGUCAGAGCCCGUAAACCACAACGAGGGCCCUUGGACGGAAGUUGUGGCGAGUCAGUGUGCGAGUAUUACGCCCAUGGACCCCGUCAUCAUAACGCCGGAUGACGUAGCUGAGGCGGUCCGUAGGGCCCCGAACUGGAAAAGUCCGGGGCUUGACGGGCUGCAUCACUACUGGCUGAAGGGGUUCAUGGUGUGUCACUCUGUGCUCGCCCGACAGUUUCAAGAGGCUCUCAACCAGAAGUCGCUCCCAAGCCUCUUCACUACUGGGAUCACUCAUUUGGUUCCUAAAGAUCAGGGUGCCACAGACCCGAGCAAAUACCGCCCCAUCACUCGGCUUCCUGCAAGUACUUCUGGACAAAAUAUUUCUAUUGAUAGUGACUCGAAUAAUGUGGCAACUGCAGUGUUGGUUGAGAAGCCUACUGAAGAAGAUUCGACAAUUAUUGCAGUCAGAGAUACCUCCGCCGCCGAUCAUGUGAACGUGCAUGAUGUUUGCAUGGCACACACAAGAGCGGAGGAUUUGGAGAAACUACAGACAUCUACAUUUUUCGAAAACGUGUACGACAAAUCUUCUUAUGACUUGGGAAACUUCAUGAACAAAAUAUUAAGUGACAACGAUAAACGUCAAAUUCUUGAUAUGGAGCCUUUACAGCCGUCAGGACAUUUUCCAACAGACAUCAACCAGAAAAAUAGGUGUUUUUCAAACAAAAUCGUACUACGUUUCAAGUUCUAA